GUAAGUGGAGCGCUGCGGCGGACACCCCUCCGAUGGGAUAGAGGAAUUCUCCCGCUCAAGGACCUUCCCGAAGCUCCUCGCCGCAAUCACCACACAUUUACUAUGUUGUAGUUUUGGAGCCCAAUGAAAAUACUGUUUUUGUUUUUUAAUUUUGAAAUCAGUUGUUGACAUUAUAUUGUUUCUUGGUGGUACGUACUCUGGCUCCUGGGAUAAGGCGGAAUUUACACGCACAAAAGAAAACACGUAUUUUUUUACUUCGACACUCUUAUUCUCAGCCUCUUUUUUUUUUGUGUGUGGCGCGAAAUGGAUAGCGAAAAGUACUUGCCGGAGCUGAUGGCUGAGAAGGAUUCUCUGGACCCCUCUUUCCAGCAUUCUUUACGCCUCCUGGAUCAAGAGAUUGACAAAAUUCAGAAAGAUGAAGGAAAGGAAGACGAGAAGUUCAUCGACGUCGUCAUCAACAAGAACAUGAAACUGGGACAGAAAGUGUUAAUACCUGUCAAACAGUUCCCAAAAUUUAACUUUGUUGGCAAACUGCUUGGGCCCCGAGGUAACUCAUUGAAGAGGCUACAGGAAGACACGCUCACAAAGAUGUCAAUCCUUGGAAAAGGAUCCAUGAGAGACAAAGAAAAGGAGGAGGAGUUGAGGAAGAGUGGAGAAGCCAAGUACCAGCAUCUGAAUGAGGACCUCCAUGUGCUCAUUGAAGUGUUCGCCCCACCUGCGGAGGCCUAUGCCCGAAUGGGCCACGCUCUUGAGGAGAUCAAGAAGUUCCUCAUCCCUGAUUACAAUGAUGAGAUCAGACAGGCGCAGCUGCAGGAGCUCACCUACCUGAAUGGGGGCUCUGAGGAUGCCAAGGUGCCGGCCGUGAGGGGAAAGCCGGCGGCGCGGGGACGAGGAACGCCCAGGAGUCGCGGAGGUGUGCCCCCUCCGCAGGCUGCUGUCCCCCGUGGCGCUGCCCCAAGGGGAGCCCCGCUGAGCCGCGUGCCCACCACCAGGGGCAGAGGGGUGCCCACCCAGAGGGCAAGAGGGGCACCGCCACCAGCCGGGUACCGGCCUCCUCCUUCCAUCAUCCAGGACACGUAUGGAGAAUAUGAAUACGACGACGGCUACGGGACAGCUUACGAUGACCAGGGCUAUGACUCCUAUGACAACAACUACAAUAAUCAAGGACAAAACUCAGAGGACUAUUAUGAAUAUGGACACGGAAUAAGCGACGACUCCUAUGAUUCAUAUGGCCAGGAGGAGUGGAGCAACAGUCGACACAAAGCCCCACCGGCAAGAACGACCAAGGGAGCGUACCGGGAGCAGCCGUACUCCAGAUACUGAACUGCUAAUAACACGUCCCCCUAAGUCCCCUUGUCAUUCCAAGUAAUGGAUUUUCUAUUGAACAACCCCUCCUUUUGGAAUAAAACCAACAAAAAACAAAAUCUAAAAAAAAAAAAAUGUGGAUAAAAGAAGGGAGAUGGUGAAAAGGCCGAGAUUUACUUGUAAAACUUGUUUAAAAAAAUCCACUGGACAAUAUACAUAAAAUAAAUACAUUACAUAUGUAACGGCAUCAUCUUCUGGAAAUACUCCAGCUUGUAAAAUAGGUAAACUAUCCAUAUUUAUAAACUUGUAUUCAACAUGAAUGAAGCCGUUAUGCUCAAUAGAGGUUCUU